AUGAUGUUGGUGACGCCACGGCCCGCCGCUCAUCAGUGGCACGAGCAGGAGGCAAGCUGAGGCAGCAGCAGCAUCCGCAGCAGCAGCGCCAGAGCCGCCACAAAGGGAGCUCAGUGUUGCUACGAUCUCGACUCUCGGCGCUUCUCUCCUCGGCUUUGGGCUCCUUUUAGGCUGAAACAUGCGCUGUUUCUCGGCACUGCUCUCCGUGCUCCUCGCUGCUCUCGCAGCUGAGUCCUCGGAUCUUUUUGACAACCAACUCGGCGACAUCAAUUACUGCAAAAAGCAAUGCCAGCUGACCAUCAAAAACAAAAGCCCUGCUAAAGACUCCAUAAUGAACGCCUGUCACCGUGGAUGUCGUCUCUACUCCAUCUGCCAGUUCGUCAAUGGCAACGCUGGCUUCAAUACCAGCAAGGAGGAGUGUCAGGGAGCGUGUCAGGAGGCGUACAUGAAGCUUCUGGAGCAGGAGGCCUGCACCACCGGCUGUUCCAGUCAGCCUUCUGAACCAGAGAUCCAGAGGAGAAAGUUGAAGGCCAUGACCCUGCGCCCCAAGGCUCCCUCGGUGAUGGAGGCUGUAUCCAGUUGGUGUAACGACAUUGUCAGCUCGGCCCAAAGCUUCAUCUCCUCCACCUGGACCUUCUACCUGCAGGCAGACGAUGGCAAAGUCGUGGUGUUCCAGAGUCAGCCUGAGAUGGAGUACACGGUCCCUGAACUACAGGCCCCUCGCUCCAAUGUGGCAGACAAACCAUGGCCCCAGGUCCACUCUCACACCCAGAGACCCCACGGUCUGAGAGGACAUGGAGAGAAAGGAGUGCCUAAAGCAGGAGGAAAAGGGAAGCAUCAAGUGCAGCACUCAGAGGACCCAGCUGCUGAGCAUGACUUCCUUGGAUGCAUGUCGAGGCGCUCAGGUCUCCCUCGCUGGAUCUUAGCCGCGUGUCUCUUCCUGUCCAUCAUGGUGAUGCUGUGGCUGAGCUGUGCCAGUCUGGUCACUGCACCGGAGCAGCACAUCAAAACUCAGUUGAGCAUCAAUGGAGAUAAGGAGUUUCUGGACAAUACCCAGAAAGUCAACCCUUUCCACCUGAGCCCGAUGAUUGCAGUUACAAUGAAACAAUCAGAGGAGAGCCAGGAGGCUGGCCCUCUGCCAGUCAAAGUGGAUCUCAACAAAACUUGCAUUUAGAUAACCUUAUUAUUUAUUGGAGUAUGAUUUUUGAAAAGGCAUCAAUGUGUCUUUUUGUUGCCUCUAUGAUAAGAGGUUUCCGCUGUCAUUGGGAAUUUUACUUACUGCAAUUCAUUCUUCUGUCAUUUUCUUGUACAGUCAUGAUUAUUUUAACUUAUUGAUAACUCUGAAUUUAUCACUCAAACACCAGAGACAAGCAGAAAAUAUAAUUCACAGCUGUGCAUUUUACUAUCAUCUUUCAUAUGCUGUGUAAACAAUGUCUGACAAAUGAAGAACUACACUACAAUUAAUUAAUAGCCUUAGGAAAGAAAAAAGGUGGGUGGUAGACAAGAUAAAUUACAGGUAAAGUGAGAGAAAUACCUUUGAGAGCACUCUUAGGAGCUUUAUGGUCUGUUUACAUAAUCAGAUUUGUGAGCACUUUUAUCUUUUAUCUUUUUAUCUUCUAAUAUCAAGUCUCUUAAGGAUAGGAUAGAUAGAAUUAUAAUUCCCUCUAAGCUCUUCCCCUCUGGAGUAGCCUUUGUUAACAUUGGCCCUGGGUGUGGAUACAUUUUCAUAUUGAUUUGGGAUUACACCUGACGUCCCCCUAAUGCACCUAUCUUGUCUUGGGACUGGCACAGAGAGUACACUGGAAUUUCCUCAUUUUGUUGGAUGGCAUCUUAUUAUUCCAUUUUUAUUUUUAUUUUUUUUGGAUAUAGCACAAAUAUCUGAAAGUCUUUGAAUAAUCCAUUUGCUCAAAUGCAUAUUUAUUUUCUACUGUAUUUAUUGAGAAUCGCAGAGUUAGUGUUAUCAAAGUGCCAUGUACAGUUACACCAUCAGACAAAUGCAUUAAGUUGGCAUGUACAGUGAGGACAUGGAAGAUUGCACCUAUUACUGUUAUAAUGGGUAUUCUCAUAACAUAAAAAUGCUAUUAUAUCACUUAUACCAGAGUUCUUAGUUGUUCAAUGUGCUUUCUGAUAGCCUUUGUAUGUCCUAGGGCACAUACUGAAGGAUAACCUCUGUAACAACAUUGAACUGCCAUAACAUUGGGACCACUGAAGCAUACAGUUAAACACAAAUGGUGUGUGGCAAGCAUUACGAACUGAGCAUUGAUGACAAAGGGAACAUUUUGGUGGUGCCAAGCAUCUCCAAAAUAUUGUGGGGUGUUCCUGGUAUGUAGUGGUCAGUAUCUACCAGCACUCUAACAUACGGUGCAUAUGGGGGGCAGAAUAUCAGUGGUCACAAUGUUGUGGUAUCGGUUAGUGUACACUGUAUGUAUUGCAAAGCUUUUGACAUAGACUUUUUAUGGGGCAGAGUUACACAGUCUUACUAUAGACAGAUUUUUUUCAGUGCUUUCGAUGUCCUGUAUAACGCUCUCUUUUAGCCCCGGCUGUGUAGACAAUAAUAAACCGUGCAUGCGAGUGAUGCUUUGGUAGUUAAACUUUCGCCCCAUGCCAGUACAACUCGACUCUGCUGUAGAAUUGUGAUUCUUUUGUGUUACUAUUAACUGUAGCCAUUGAAUAGAAUGUGUAAUAUUGAAUGACUAUGAUUAACAAAAAGGACAUUCAGUUAUAUUCAGUGUCUACUCUGGAUGGAACAAUGUAGAAGGAUUUGAACUAAAAAUCUGUAUGCUUUCUUUUUACUAGUCUGUUCCUUUUCAACAAGACAAUGCUUACAACAUCACAAAUAAAGUGUUUUCAUUGUAAAUAAAGGAACAACUCCAGCUUU